GUCCCAGCGGGCCCGCCCUUCUCCCUUCUCCCUCCUCCCCGUCCGAGCGCCCGCCCGGCUCCGCCGACCCUGGACCCCGCGGGCGCAGGGCGCGAGCGCGCGACAGCCGGGCCGAGGGAGGCGCGCGGGUAAUCUGGAGCUUUCAAAAUGUUUGCCAAAGCCACAAGGAAUUUCCUUAGAGAAGUUGACAAUGGCGGCGACCUGAUCGCAGUGUCAAAUUUGAAUGACUCUGAUAAACUACAACUUCUAAGUCUGGUGACCAAAAAGAAGAGAUUCUGGUUCUGGCAACGACCCAAGUACCAGUUUUUAUCCAUCACCCUUGGAGACGUACUCGCAGAAGACCAAUUUCUGAGUCCAGUGGUCGUGGAGUCGGACUUUGUGAAAUACGAGGGCAAGUUUGAGAACCACGUGAGCGGGACCAUCGAGACAGCGCUGGGGAAGGUGAAGCUGAACCUGGGCGGCAGCGGCCUCGUGCAGAGUCAGUCUUCGUUUGGGACCCUGAGGAAGCAGGAGGUGGACUUGCAGCAGCUCAUCGGGGAUGCGGUGGAGAGAACGAUCAAUCUGAAAAACCCCAUUCUGCAGCAGGUGCUGGAGAGGAGGAACGAGGUCUUGUGCAUCGUGGUGCAGAAGAUCGUGACGACGCAGAAGUGUGCCAUCUCCGAGCACGUGCAGGUGGAGGAGAAGUGUGGUGGCAUGGUGGGCAUCCACACCAAGACCGUGCAGGUGUCAGCGACGGAGGAUGGCAACCUCGUCAAGGACACCAACGUGGUGCUGGAGAUCCCAGCCGCCACCACCAUCGCCUACGGUGUCAUCGAGUUAUACGUGAAACUGGAUGGCCAGUUUGAAUUUUGCCUCCUCCGAGGGAAACACGGUGGCUUUGAGCACAAGAGGAGAAUUGGGUCUGUCUGCCUGGAUCCCCUGGUCUUUCCAGACUUUGCAUUCGUGGACGUGCCAGAUGCUGGACACGGGACGUCUUCCCAGGAUGGGGUGUUCAGUGUUUUAAAACAAGCCACCCUGCUCUUGGAGAGGAAUUUCCAACCCUUUGUGGAGCUGCCAGAGUCGCAACAGACGGCAGUGAGCAGCGUCCUCCAGGCGGUCCUGUUCGAUGAGGAAUUACUCGUGGCCCUGGAACAAGUGUGUGAGGACGUGGUCAGUGGCCUCUCGCUCCCGCUGGCACUGCUGGCGGAGCUGACGCCCCCGCGGCAGCAGAACCUCACGACCUUCCUGCGGCUGGUGGGGUGCAGCGUGCAGGGGCCCGAGGAUGCGGUCAGCAAUCAGAGGCUCUUUGCAACGGCCUACUUCCUGGUCAGCGCUCUAGCAGAAAUGCCAGAUAAUGCAGUAGUUCUGCUGGGCACUUGCUGUAAACUCCAGAUUAUUCCUGCGGUGUGCCACUUGCUUCAGGCUCUGUCUGAUGAUGGAGUAUCUGAUCUUGAAGAUCCAACCUUGGCUCCGCUGAAAGAUACAGAAAGGUUUGGGAUUGUGCAGCGCUUGUUUGCCUUAGCGGACGUUCGCCUGGAGAGACUGCAGUCGUCCGUGAAAGCCAUCAUCCUGAAGGACCCUAACGUCUUCCCACUAAUUCUUUAUAUAACCUUGAAUGGGCUCUGUGCUCUAGGCAGAGGACAUUAGUAAUGUCAUAUGUGAAUUAGAAGUACAUGUUUUUACCCACAACUGAGUAUUUCUCAGAAUUGUUAAGAUACUACUAUUGGGUUUAGGUAAGAUGUACGUUAAAAAUUGAUCAAUGAAAUGAAUUGACAAAACAGUUAAGCAGUGACUUUCUGCAGUAUGAAUGGCCUCAGUUUAAACAGCUGCUUUCUCAUCAGAGGCCUCUGCUGUGCUGGUGACCAUGUCUAGGUUAGCUUCCAGCACCUAAAAAGCUGAGGGUUGAGAGUUUGUAGUGAAGGCUCAGAUCUGUUUUUCUACAGAAUAAUGGGGUCCAUCUAAAUUGUGAAUGCUGUGGGAAGGCAAUUUCUCUUCACAGAAGAGGUUAUGUUUUGGAUGUGAUAUGUUAUUUGCUUGAAAAUUAAUUAUAAAUACCACUAGAGUGUGUGUAUAUAUUCUCUCGAACAAAUUAUACUAAAAAAAAAUCUGGCAGCAACUAUACAAAAAAUAAGCAUCUUAUAUAUAAACUGGAAAGGAACAUGCAAAAGUGAAAGUAAUUGUGCUAAAAUGGUAGCACUGUGCCUUAUCUGGUUUUCUGAAAUAAAAUAAGAAAAACUGA